AUGGCAGAAGAAGAGGAGAGUAGAAUUUCUACUCCACGGUCCUUCGCCGGCCAAAGCGUCUCCGCGGAGGAGAUGCUCAAAGAACAAACCGUUGGCCUUGUUCAUCUCUCCGACUUUCGCAAGCGGCGCGCGGAUGUUCUAGAGGCAAAAGAGCGCGAGGCGCAUGACAAGUCCCUAGGGCUACUGGCAUCUGGUAAUUCAAGAAGUGCAACUCCCUCUGCAGGCGAUGUGACUGACGGGUCAACGCCUCCCCGGGGUGAUGGUCCUCCGAAAAAGAAGAAAAAGAAGGCUCUUGUGAAAAGCAAGCUGUCCUUCGGCGAUGAUCAGGACGAAGGAGAGGAAUCUGCAGCAACUCCGCGCGACUCAAGCGUAUCACGGUCAGAGUCGAAAUCACCCGCCGAUGAUAUCACUACACGACGCAUGAAAGCAAACCCGAACGCACCCCCUCCACCCAAAGCUCUGACAAAGGCAUCCUUGGAAGCUGAAGCGCUGGCUCGCGACACUCUGCGCAAGGAGUUCUUGAUCAUGCAAGAGGCUGUGAAGAAUACCGACAUUCUCAUUCCGUUUGUCUUUUAUGAUGGAACGAGCAUACCAGCGGGGGCUGUCAAAGUCAAGAAAGGUGACCAUGUUUGGUUGUUCUUGGAUCGGUGCCGGAAGGUGGGUGCUGAGAUGGGCGUACGUGGUGCCAGUGGUGCAUCCAAGGCGAAGAAAGAUAAUCGCCGAGAGUGGGCGCGAGUCAGUGUUGACGACUUGAUGCUUGUCAAGGGCGACAUUAUUGUUCCACAUCAUUACGAGUUUUACUACUUCAUCGCCAAUCGAGUGUCCAGUUUUUCUCGCGCUGGCGGUUUGCUGUUUGAUUAUUCCAGCAAACCCCCUGUUGCCGAUUCCACCAAUCCCACCCCCAGUGAUGAUCAACUAGAGGGUGCAGACAAGGAUUUCUCAGAGACCAAGGUCGUAGAUCGACGGUGGUAUGAGAAAAACAAGCAUAUUUAUCCGGCCAGUUUGUGGCAUGAGUAUGAGCCCGGAAAAGAGUUUGAAGAGAAGAUGACUUCAACACGGCGCGAUGCUCAGGGAAAUACUUUUUUUUUCUAG